UUUUUAAAGUGUUGAUGUAACUCCAAUUAAAUGCUAUCUGGAGUAAUAACAAUUUCUUUAUUUUUCAUAGCCAUUUUAUGAAAAAAAAGUGAAGAAAUGGAAACUGCAAAUUACACCAGGGUGACAGAAUUUGUUCUCACUGGCCUAUCCCAGGCUCAGGAGGUGCAACUAGUCCUAUUUGUUAUAUUUCUGUCCUUCUACUUGUUCAUUCUUCCAGUAAAUGUUAUUAUUUGCACCAUCAGGCUUGACCCACAUCUGACUUCACCCAUGUAUUUUCUGUUGGCUAAUCUAGCCUUCCUUGACAUUUGGUACUCUUCUAUCACAGCCCCUAAAAUGCUUGUAGACUUCUUUGUGGAAAGGAAGGUCAUUUCCUUUGGUGGGUGCAUUGCUCAGCUCUUCUUCUUGCACUUUGUUGGGGCCUCAGAGAUGUUCCUGCUCACGGUGAUGGCCUUUGACCGCUAUGCUGCUAUCUGCCGCCCCCUCCACUAUGCUACCAUCAUGAAUCGACGUCUCUGCUGUAUUCUGGUGGCUUUCUCCUGGAUGGGGGGCUUCAUUCACUCCACAAUACAGGUGGCUCUCAUUGUUCGACUUCCCUUCUGUGGGCCUAAUGAGUUAGACAGUUACUUCUGUGACAUCACACAGGUUGUCCGGAUUGCCUGUGCCAACACCUUCCCAGAGGAGUUAGUGAUGAUCUUCAGCAGUGGUCUGAUCUCGGUGGUGUGUUUCAUUGCUCUUCUCAUGUCCUAUGCCUUCCUCCUGGUGAUGCUCAAGAAACACUCAGGUUCAGGUGAGAGUACCAGUCGGGCCAUGUCCACGUGCUACUCCCACAUCACCAUUGUGGUACUGAUGUUUGGGCCAUCCAUCUACAUUUACGCUCGCCCAUUUGACUCUUUUUCCCCAGAUAAAGUGGUGUCUGUAUUCCAUACUGUGAUAUUCCCUUUGCUUAAUCCCAUCAUCUACACACUGCGAAACAAGGAAGUAAAAAUGGCCAUGAGGAAGCUGGUCAACCGAUACAUUCUAUGUAAAGAGAAGUGAAAGUUUAAUGGCAUUUUCUAUAGUCCUUCUGAGGGUUUUUGUCCUAAAGAAGGAAGUAUUUGCAGUAGUAUUGCUCCUUUCGCUACC